AUAGCAGUAAUGAAAUCUAAGGUUGCCAACUACCGUAAAACACUAGAGAAGAAGAAGGUCCGCAGCAGCUCUACACGGAAGUGACGGCGUCAUGGAAUACACAAUGAACUGCAGAGAACGAUAUGCAGUGAUAGAGCUAUUUGACUGUAUUACAGAUGCAUACAGGUGUUUUCUGAACGGAUCACGUCCAAGUCAAAGUGCUGCGGAUGUGGCGAGUUUAAUAUAUUUGGGGGUAUGUGGAGUGGUGGCCGGUGAGGACAGAGUGUCUGUUUCUUCAAAGUACUGCCAUCAAAACACUGGGGAGCUAACUUGCAUCAGCGUGACUCUGGUGGAAAAGAUUAUUUCGAGCCUGAUGUCUCAGAGCCAGCCUGCAGAAGUGGUGUCGUACUGUGUGGAGGUCUUGAGGGUGUUGUUUCAAGACACUGAUCUCAUGUCACAACUUUGACAUCCAAAAAAACCCAGCUAUUCCACAGGUCCGCCUGUUCCAGAAUGAGGACCAAAUGAUCUCCCAUCUGGCUGCAAAAAGUGUAUCAACGUGUGUUUUCUACCGUCUUCACAAAUCUCGUACAGUCAGUCCUGUCUGGCAGCAGAAGUGUGUGCAGUCCUUUAACAGCUCACCCCCUGGUGCUGAACUGGAUGCCUGUCUGUGGUCGCUGACUGAAGUCUUAAAGAGACUUCUUAAAGGAGCUUAUCGAGAGAUCCUUGAAAAACUUCUAGAAGCUUUUGACUCCAGCCUAAGUGCUUUAUGUUCAAAGUUUCUCCCUGAAGGGAGAAAAAAGGCAGCACAUCCUUUAGUGGAUUUUAUCAGCAGCAGACACUGGGGAACAACAUUCUACCUCCUGCUGGACCUGCUAGAGGUGCUGACUGCAUCCAGUUUGACAUGUGGUGCUGGUGUUUGUCUCAGGAGCCAGAGAAUAACCCACAUUCAUUCCUCAGCACUCCUGACAGCAGUCAGCCUCUCCUCAGACGGUUUUGUCAAAAAGCGAGCACUGCUGCUUCUGAAGAAAGCGCUGCUUCAAAAGGCUGGAGAGGAUUGGGCUUUAGAAGAAGUGCUGUCCCCUGGCCUGAAAUAUGAGCACUUCAACUCUGAUAUGACCACACUGGCUCAGACUGUGUUAACAGCAGUGGCUGCUAAUUGGUUACAGGGUGUUCACGUGGGGUCUGCCUCUUUCUUUGGAGGGACAAGACGCAUCCAAGGUGAUAAAAGUCAGAAAUCAGAUUCUGUGAUGCUGAGAACUGUCAGCCUCCUUCUUCUCAAGUCCAUGGUGCUUCACAUCCAAACAGCUGGUGGAACGGAAGGAGUGGACAGUGCCGUUCAUGGGUAUCUGCAGAGUCUGUGGGCCUUUCUGAGGCGGUGCAGUGUCCAGCUGACAGAGGUCACUCACCUCUGCUGCUGGAUCAGCCUGGUGUUUGGAGAACAGGAUGAUGACAUGAUGGAGGCAGCCAAAGCCUUGCUCUCCAUAUUCCUUCACCACAGACCAAUUUGUGGGUUGGAUGACGAUGCUGUGUUGGAGGCAGCCUGUGUCUCUGGCUUCAACCCUCAUUGCCACUUCCUACUUCUGCUUCAGAGCGUGUCCUUUGACCACAGCAUCCUCCUUGACUUCCUUAUCUCAGCUGAAACCUGUUUUCUGGAGUAUUUGGCACAGUACCUCAAGUAUCUCAGAACUGACUGGCAGGGCUUCACUGCAGCAUGUGCAAGAAUCAGUGUGUCAGACUGUCCUGUUUUAUGGCAGGAGUCACUCGCUUAUUCAUGUGGUGGUGAUAUGGCUGUAUCGACAUGUAAAGGAGAGUCAGAACAAGUCGAAUUCAGCCCCUGUUUCCAGCCUACAGAUGUUAUUUCACCAGUGGAAAGGAUCGGUUUCAUUGCUGGGCUUCGACUUGUAGAGUAUGAUAGUUCUGACUACUCUGAUCCAGAGAACAUGGAGCUUAGUGCCUUGGAUAUAGAACAGGAGACUAGCACACCACAAGUAUCUAUCAGACAGAAAGAAUACAAGUCAUCGGACUCAACAUUGCUGAGUGACCCAAACUUCCCACUUGAAAGAAGACCAGACCAGCAUUCACUACCAGUAAUACAGAAUGAGCAAGCAUCAUGUACAAACAUGGCACCUCCGUCAGGACAUAUGUCCUGUGAAAUGUCAACCCGAGUAGUCCUCUGUCUCUCGCAGCUCAGUGAGGUGGUGACAAGGCUGCAGACAAAGAAUCUUUUCCCAUACAACCCUUCUUCACUUCUAAGACUCUUGGCACAAGUAAAUAACUGUUUCCAACAAUGGCAUCUGUCACAGUUAAAUAAACAAUAAAGAUAUACAAUAUAUGUUUU